AUUAAAACGAAAGCCGAGACCCAUGGGUUUCUUCAAUCCCUUCUCCCUCUCUUCAAUCGAAUCCCAAAUCGGUGUUUUUGGCUCUUGGUCGGGGAAAUUUUCCAAGGACACAAUGAUUGGCAACAGACCGCUGCUGACUUACAAGCGCAGACGUUUUUCCUCAUCAUUGCAACUUGCUCAUGAUAUUAGAUCAUCUGAUUCAUGUCUGAAGUCUCCAACCAAAAUAUCUUCCAGCCAAUCUAGUCCAAAAUCUGAACCUUCUAGCAAGAACAAGAAGCUAAAUGGAGAUUGUGUGCAUUGCUUUAAAUGUGGUACGUUUGAUGUCAAUGAGAAUCUGCUGGACUGUUGUAGCUGCUCUGCAACCUAUCAUCUUCGAUGCAUUGACCCUUCUUUGAAGUUUAUUCCCCAGGAUAAGUGGGUCUGCUCAGCAUGUUUGGAAAAAGGUGAUUUUGAGGAGCCUAUGCAGCUGACUACUCAAGAUAACAUGAGAAAAGGGAAGAAAUUAAAGGAGUCUGGUUCUGGCCAUUUGAAACUUCAUUCAGAUAUGGUUUUGCCAAGUACGGAAGUUGCUGAAAAAAGUUCUAGUAGUGGAGUCCCUUCCUGCAUUGAACCAUCUGCUAACAACAUUGCACAGUCCCUUCAGAUGAAUAAUCCAUGCAUGAAUUCUAGUUCUGAAUGCGGGAUCACAUGUAAUGGUGAGCCAUCAUGGUUUCACUCAACGAAUGUAGACAUUGUAAGGGAGUUACUUGGACACUCAAAAUCAUCUGCGAAAAGAUCAACUUCUGAAUGUCCAAAUGGCUCUGUUUUGGAGUCAAAAAAUUCAGGCAAUCGUGUUCAGGAAAGUGCCGAAUGUGCCAAAGAGAAUUGCAGGGCUCCCGCUCCCUUGCUUACCUUCUACAGAACUAGAAAGAAGAAGAAACAAGUUGAAGGCAACAUAGUUGCUGAGAGUAAUUCAAAGGUUGCUGCAUUACGUGAUGGUAGUAAAUAUCAAAGUUCAUCUCAAAAUUGUGUCUUUUCUUCUCAAUCAACUACUUCAGCUGUAGUAAUCGAGCUUAACCCAUUGCACAUGAUUCAACGAGAUGAGGCUACAAACCUGGAAAAGGGCUCUGGACCCAGUUCCUUAUCUGGAGCAGUAUUUUCUGGACCUAAGAUCACAAACGAUUUGGGUGAAAAAUUGGAUAUUUGGUGUCCAAAGGGAUCAAAUUCAAGCGAUCAUUCUCAUUUGCCAUCCCAACCUAUUGAACAUAUUCUUGAAGACCAAUUGAACAAAUUGAAAGCAGCUACCACUUCUGGUAUAACCGGAAAUCCCAGUCUAUUAGAUGUGAACAAUCAGCCAACCUCAACCAACUCUAAUGCUUCUUUUAGAGAAGAACUGGGAAAUAAGUUGCUUGUUGCUAUUUGCAACUCUGAGAAGUCGGGCAUCCAUUGCGAUGUUUUAGCUGAGAGUGAGAAUCUUGGUCUAUCUGCUGCACCACCGAUAUCUACUUGCCUAAAUAAUGUGGUACCAAGCAGACCAUCAUGUGCUCCUCAUAAAGAUAUUCUUGAAUCUCAAAGUUCAUCAACUCCAAAUUGUUCUGCAAUGUUGUUGGAUGAGGGAAGUCACAGAAAAGGUAAAGGUUUGGAAUGGCUGGAGUCCAUUGAUAAAGCUUUCCAUAAUUCAAAGAAAGACAUGAUGGGAUCUUCAGAUCAAGUAUUGGAGGAAGAGAGAGGUGGUAACAGGAAUUUAAUUGUGGGGUUAGGUGGCAACAUUGGACGUCAGGCAUCUAAUUGGGUAGAUUAUCCAUUAACUCCAGUAAGCUUACUUACAGAGGGCCCUCAUAACAAGGGUUCCUCUCAGGAGUUUGCCAGUCAACCUGCUGCAUCAGGGCUAAGGUUUUCCUUGGCAAAAUCAGAUGAACAUAGCAGCUGGAAGCAACAUCAGGAAGAGGCACCAAAAAGUUUUGUUUGUGCUGAUUUUCUUGACCUAUCCUUGCCGCUUAAUUCUAAAGUCUCCCUAAGCUAUAUUAAAGAUCCCCAAAUUGGGCCGUCAUCAUCAACCUGUAGUAUUAGACAUAAUGCUCACAUGCACAACAAAAUGGCCCAAUGCCUCGCCAUUGAUGAAAAUUCAUCUUUAUCAAGACAAAAGCAGAUAGUUGAGAGUGUUAUUACUGGAACACAGAUAUUACAAGAACGGCAAGACUAUUUGUUAGAAAAGUUCAGGAGAUAUUCCAUUGACUGGUCUGAAGAAGAAUUGGAUUUUCUUUGGAUUGGUGUGAGAAGACAUGGCUUAGAUAAUUGGAAUGCCUUGCUAAGGGAUCCUAGAUUAUGUUUCUUGGAAUCAAGGACUGCCAUGGACCUGGCUGAGAGAUGGGAGUUUGAACAAAGAAAGCUUUUCAAUUGCAGUUUUUCUCAGCCUUUAAAUUUACCUAGGCCUGGUAUUAGUCACAUUCCUUUAUCGAAAGAUGCCUUAUUAACAAAACCAGCAGCUGGAAAACAAUAUAGUUCCUGGUCUUAUGGGUCUUCAGAUUUUCAGAGGCCAACUACUGAGACAAAACUCUCUUUGGGAGAUGUAUACCUUCAAAAAGAGAGCAUGCCUAAGAGAAACCUAUACUCAGGCAUGGACUUAACUGGUGCUUUGACCAAUGGAGCCCCAUGUACUGGUUCUUCUCUCAUUGGUGGCUUUUCUAAAUCUUCCUUGUAUUCUUGGGCUGGAAACAUCAAUCAAAGGCCAGUUAGACCCCAAAACACAAGGUAUGCUUGGGAACAAACAUUGAAUUCACAGCACAAUAUGGGUGAAGAAUCGGGUAAUGAGCAACAAUUAGCUGGGCUACCAGCAAACAGUGGCAGUCUACCCCAUUGGCUGAAAGAGAUCUUAGACAUGCCCCCAAGGCUGUCUGAGACAACAUUGCCUCCUGGUGUUUCCUCCAAUGCGGCUUCAGGAAGCUUCUUGAAUGGUGAACCGCAAAACAAUGCUCCUUUUCCAAGUAUGAAUGAUCUCUCCUUCUCAUCGAAAGAUCUUCGAGAACGAGGAAUACUGAAAAUAAGGAGCAUGACUUCCAACAGCAACUCUGGCAAUUUGCGCAUGUCUGAUAUCUUGAAAUCAUCUGUGAGUGAGCCGCAGAUGGGAGCGAAAUUCAAUCUUCCAACUUUAGGUCAGACAUCAAUACCACCACCGACAGAUAAUGCAGCUUUAGAUCAGCCCAAGAUCUUUGAUCUGAAUAAGAAAACUCCUCCCCCCAUAGCUCCAGGUGAAUUGGUUAUCAUAGAGAGUGAUGCAUCUUCUGAGGAAACAAUAUCAGAUAAUCAAAACAGUAGGCUGUAGUUAAUUUUACCGCAAUGAUGAUCUCACCAGCUGACAUCUACCAAGGGAUCCCCUGAUAUGAGCAUUAAUUUGUUCUCCUUCCACCUCUAGAGGAUGAUGCAGGUUCAUAACUUAACAGGUUGGUGAUAUGAAAUAGGAUGAACUCUAUUCCCAUAGUCCUAAAUGCCAGGGCUGUGUCAUAGAUCAUGUUGCAAUUCUAGAAUUUGUAAAGAGUGGCCGCCUCAGUUUUGCUGUAUAUAGUUGGCCUUUAUAUGUUAUGUUGAUCAAUAUAUUCUUUCUGGACUCAAUUCUGUGUUUGUGCCUUAUCCUCAAAUUUUGUUUCUUGUUUUUUGUUUCUAAAGGUUUUUCAUCUAU